AAAAUAAAAUCCUGUCCUAAAAUUUAGAACAAAAAAAAAAUUGAAAUUGUCAAUAACUUUUUUUUUCCUGGAAUUUUUCUCUCUCUCCCAUAGCAAUCGAGAAAGAAAGGAAUAGGUUUCUUCUCGAUCGAAACUCUGUUUUCUUCUUCUCUGUCUCUCUCAAUGUCCGUGGAUAUCAUGAAACUGAGAUUUGAGGAGAAAGCAGCAGAAUGUACAAGAUAUUCCUGAGGAAGAGUAAGCCUUCAAACCCCGGCUCAGAAGAGCUCUCUCCUCCCACCUCCGAUCCGGUUCAGAUAUCCACGGUCUCUGCGCCGGUUCGUUCCAACUCAGGGAAGCGUAUGUCCUCUGCUGUCUUCCCAGCGAGCGUGGUUGCUGGAAUAGAGCCUCUGCUGCCGUUCAAGGAUGUACCGAACUCUGAGAAACUAAACCUCUUUGUGAGUAAAGUUAGCCUCUGCUGUGUCACGUUUGAUUUCUCUGACCCGAAUAAAAACUCCAUCGAGAAACUUGUGAAAAGGCAGACUCUGCUCGAGCUUCUCGACUUUGUAGCUUCCGCGUCUGUUAGAUUCACUGAGCCAGCUAUUCUCGCAAUGUGUAGAAUGUGUGCUGUGAAUCUCUUUAGGGUUUUCCCUCCGAGUUACCGGUCUAGUGGGGGUGGUGGUGGUGAGAAUAACGAUGAUGAUGAGCCUGUGUUUGACCCUGCCUGGCCUCAUUUGCAGAUAGUCUAUGAUCUCUUGCUUAAGUUCAUCACCUCUCCUUGUCUUGAUGCUAAGAUUGCAAAGAAGUAUCUUGACAAUGCUUUCAUUGUGAGGUUGCUCGACUUGUUUGAUUCCGAGGACCCUAGAGAACGAGAGUGUUUGAAGACGAUCAUGCACAGGGUGUACGGGAAGUUCAUGGUUCACAGGCCGUUUAUUCGGAGGGCGAUGAGCAAUAUAUUCUACCGGUUUGUGUUCGAGACGGAGAAGCACUGCGGAGUCGCUGAGCUUCUGGAGUUUUUGGGGAGCAUAGUGAGUGGAUUCGCGUUGCCUUUGAAAGAGGAGCACAAGAUCUUCUUGUGGAGGGUGUUGAUUCCACUGCACAAGCCUAAUUCUCUUGGGAACUACUUCCAGCAGCUGUCUUACUGCAUCACUCAGUUUAUAGAUAAGGAGCCAAAGCUUGGGAGUGUUGUGAUAAAGGGUUUGUUGAAGUUCUGGCCUAUCACUAACAGCCAGAAGGAAGUUAUGUUUCUUGGGGAGGUUGAGGAGAUCGUAGAGGCAAUGAGCGUGGUGGAGUUUCAAAAGGUGAUGGUCCCAUUGUUCUCGCGGAUUGCUUGCUGUGUCAACAGUUGCCACUUUCAGGUCUCUGAAAGGGCUCUCUUCUUGUGGAACAACGAUCAGAUUGUGAAUUUGAUUGCGCACAACCGGCAAGCCAUCCUACCGAUCAUGUUCACUGCCUUGGAGAAGAAUGCUGAGAACCACUGGAACCAAUCAGUGCUAAACCUAACCCUAAACGUGAGAAAAAUGUUCUGUGAAAUGGACGAGCCUCUCUUCAUGUCUUGCCACGCCCGUUUUCAAGAGGACGAAGCAGAGCAAAGUUCUGAAGCGGAGAAGAGGAAAGAAACCUGGGAAAGGCUAGAGAAGGCAGCAAGUGUGAAGCCCAUAACCGGAAAGACAGCUGUUCUAGUAACUCCUUUAGCAACCUCCAUUGCCUGCUGAACAACAGAAGAAGAUGGAAUGCUGUUGCUUAAGCUAUGGUCUGUGUAAUAUUAUAUAGUUUUGAUGUUGUUAGCUGUGUGGGGUUUAUGCUAAAUCUGUUGCUUCCUUUUAAAGCUUGGAAGCAAUGUAACUUUAUAUAUAUCGAACUCUUUUGUAUUCAAUUAAGUUUUUAUUGAAAA